UGAUACUUAUUUAAGGUUGGAACUGAUUAAUUAUUGGAAUUAGUAGUGAAUGAUGGAUAAUUUCCAUUCAAUAUUUCCUUUACAACAAGAUGUUGACGAUAAUGAUUCCCAUGAGCUUCUUUAUAACAACCCUUGUAAUUUCCUAUACCAACAAGAUCUGGUAACGGAUUUUGCUCCGUUGGAGUCGGACAAAAACACUCUCAGCUUUAACAACAAUCAGAAGGAAAAUAAGGUAGGAAAAGCAUCAGCUGCUUCUCUCCCAGUAGAAAAAACAAGUGAUGACAAACAGAAGAAAGUCAUGCAUAGAGAAAUCGAACGGCAAAGAAGACAAGAAAUGGCUACUCUUUAUGCUUCUCUUCGACAACAGCUUCCUCUUGAAAUUAUUAAGGGAAAACGUUCGACAUCGGAACACAUACUUGAGGCGGCGAAUUAUAUAGAAUACCUGCAGAAGAAUGUUAGGAAUUUGGAAGACAAGAGAGAAAAGUUAAACAAGACUUCAAAUUCAAGCAAUCUUGAUUAUACCAAAAGUGGUAGAUCGUCAACUAGUGAUUCCUCGUCGUCUACAAAUGUGACAGUGAAGCAAUGCUUGGACGGCAUGGAGAUUUUGGUCAAUUGUGGUGUCGAGAGUGAAGGUUUUCGACUUUCUAGGGUUCUUGAAGUAUUACUUCAAGAGGGGCUUAACAUUGUGAACUGCAGCUGCACCAAAACUAGUACAAGUUUACUUCAUACUAUCCGAACUGAGGUUGCCUCUCAGGCAAGGAUUGAUGUGCAUGUGAUCCAACAGAAACUCUCUGAUAUAAGUUUCAGUUGACUCUCCAUUGGAAAUUGUUGUGUCAUUCCCCAUCACCUACAGGUUUUUGUGAUCUUUAUUGAAAUAUGAAAUCUUUAAUUUUUCUUUCAGUAGUUAACUUUUAUUGGAAUAAAAUAGUUCUAAUAGAGUAAAAUGCAUAGUGAGGAUUCACAUAGUCAAUUCUGACUAAACGAGUUGUUGUUGUUGUUUUAGUCUAACCUCUUUCAGUUCAGUUUUUCCUUAUAAA